CCUAGCUAGUACGUACGUACGUCGUCUCUUCUUCUUCUUCUUCUUCUUCUUUGAUUUGCUCUUUCUCUUGAGGCACAACCAUGGCACACAACACAGAGGUGCCACCUUCUACGUCUUCACAACCUCAUGAAAGAGACAAAGCCAACCAAAAAGUUCCCUUCUACAAGCUCUUCACUUUAGCUGAUCGUCUUGACGUGGCAUUGAUUACCAUUGGCACGAUCGGUGCCAUGGCUAAUGGGUGCUCGCAGCCUCUCAUGACCCUCAUUCUAGGCAAAAUUAUCAACACCUUUGGCUCCGCCGAUCCAUCAAAUACUAUCAAGGAAGUUUCUAACGUUGCGUUAUUAUUUGUUUACCUGGCUAUUGCAACUGGAAUUGCGUCGUUUCUUCAGGUAGCAUGUUGGAUGGUGACAGGAGAAAGACAAGCCGCAAGGAUCCGUGGAUUGUACUUGAAAACUAUAUUGAAGCAAGACAUUGCUUUCUUUGACACUGAAACAACAACUGGUGAGGUUAUUGGGAGAAUGUCUGGUGACACCAUUCUCAUUCAAGAUGCCAUGGGAGAAAAGGUUGGGAAGUUUAUACAACUCGCUUCGACUUUUAUUGGUGGCUUUGUGAUUGGCUUUGUAAGAGGAUGGCGUCUCGCUCUUGUUUUGCUCGCAUGCAUACCAUGUGUUGUUUUAAUUGGUGGAGCUUUGUCCAUGGUGAUGACUAAAAUGGCCAGUCGUGGGCAAGCUGCUUAUGCAGAAGCAGGAAAUGUGGUUGAGCAAACAGUGGGAGCUAUUAGAACAGUGGCAUCUUUCACUGGCGAGAAAAAAGCAAUAGAAAAGUAUAACACCAAGUUAAAUGUUGCUUAUAAAACAAUGAUUCAACAAGGUUUGGCCUCGGGGUUAGGAAUGGGAGCACUUCUGCUGACUAUCUUCUGCACCUAUGCACUUGCCAUGUGGUAUGGUUCUAAACUGGUCAUUGAGAAAGGAUACAAUGGUGGAACCGUCAUCACUGUAAUAGUAGCUCUUAUGACUGGUGGAAUGUCACUUGGUCAAACAUCCCCAAGCCUAAAUGCAUUUGCAGCAGGCCAAGCAGCAGCUUAUAAGAUGUUUGAGACAAUUGCACGAAAGCCAAAAAUUGAUGCUUAUGACACCAAUGGUGUUGUCUUGGAAGACAUAAAGGGAGAUAUUGAACUCAAGAAUGUUCACUUCAGAUAUCCUGCAAGGCCUGAUGUUCAGAUCUUUUCCGGAUUCUCAUUGUAUGUUCCAAGUGGCACAACUGCUGCUUUAGUGGGCCAAAGUGGAAGCGGAAAGUCUACUGUGAUCAAUUUAUUGGAAAGAUUCUAUGAUCCUGAUGCUGGAGAAGUACUCAUAGAUGGUGUGAAUUUGAAGAAUUUUCAAGUUAGAUGGAUAAGAGAACAAAUUGGGCUCGUUAGUCAAGAACCUGUCCUGUUUGCAACUAGUAUCAGAGAAAACAUAGCCUAUGGAAAAGAAGGUGCAACUAAUGAGGAGGUUACAACGGCAAUAAAACUUGCCAAUGCUAAAAAGUUCAUUGACAAGCUGCCUCAGGGCCUUGAGACAAUGGCAGGCCAGAAUGGGACUCAACUUUCUGGUGGGCAAAAGCAAAGAAUUGCAAUUGCAAGGGCAAUUUUGAAGAACCCAAGAAUCCUUCUUCUUGAUGAAGCAACAAGUGCAUUGGAUGCUGAGUCUGAACAUGUUGUCCAAGCAGCAUUAGAACAAGCUAUGUCAAAAAGAACUACUGUAGUUGUUGCACAUCGCUUGACAACUAUUAGAAAUGCUGACACCAUAGCAGUGGUUCAUGAAGGCAAAAUUGUAGAGCAAGGAACUCAUGAUGAGUUAAUCAAGGAUGUUGAUGGUGCUUAUUUUCAGCUUAUUCGUCUACAAAAAGGAGCUAAGGAAGCUGAAGGUAGCCAUAAUUCUGAAGCAGAGAGGUCAAGUAGCAGUUUUAAUUUAGAUAUUCACAUGGCUAGAUCUUCCACCCAGAGAGCAGUUUCAAUAAGCAGAGGUUCAUCAGGUAGACACUCCCAGUCACAUAGCUUUUCUCUUUCUCAUCAAAGUGGGGUACAUGAAUCUGGAGAAAGAGCCGGCGGGGAUGCUGAGAAGCCCAGAAAGGUUUCUUUAAGACGUUUGGCCUACUUAAACAAGCCUGAAGUUCUUGUCUUAGUGCUUGGGUCCAUUGCUGCAAUAGUUCAAGGUGUUGUGUUCCCUAUGUUUGGCUUCUUGUUUUCCUCAGCAAUAGCUAUGUUCUAUGAACCUCCAGAAAAACAGCGGAAAGAUUCUAGUUUCUGGGCACUUCUAUAUGUGGGUUUGGGUAUAGUUACUCUAGUGAUUAUACCAGUGCAAAAUUACUUCUUUGGCAUUGCUGGUGGAAAAUUAAUAGAAAGAAUUCGUUUACUGACAUUUAAAAAGGUUGUGCACCAAGAAAUCAGUUGGUUUGAUGAUCCUGCAAAUUCAAGUGGUGCAGUUGGUGCAAGGUUAUCUACAGAUGCUUCAACAGUGAAAAGUCUAGUGGGUGACACAUUGGCCCUCAUUGUGCAAAACAUAUCAACAAUCACAGCAGGUCUAGUUAUAUCAUUCACUGCUAAUUGGAUUCUUGCUUUAAUAAUUGUAGCUGUGUCACCCUUGAUCUUUAUACAAGGAGUUCUUCAGAUGAAGUUUCUUAAAGGAUUUAGUGGAGAUGCCAAGGCUAAGUAUGAAGAGGCAAGUCAAGUGGCAAAUGAUGCUGUUGGUAGCAUCAGAACCAUUGCAUCAUUCUGUGCCGAAUCAAAGGUGAUGGAUAUGUACAGGAAGAAAUGUUUAGAGCCGGAAAAACAAGGUGUUAGGUUGGGGCUUGUGAGUGGUACAGGAUUUGGCUUCUCUUUUCUGGCUCUAUACUGCACAAAUGCUUUCUGUUUCUACAUAGGAUCUGUUCUUGUGCAACAUGGGAAAGCAACUUUUCCAGAGGUUUUCAAGGUCUUCUUUUGUUUAACAAUCACAGCCAUAGGCAUUUCCCAGACUAGUGUCUUAGCACCAGACACUAACAAGGCCAAAGAUUCCGCAGCUUCAAUAUUUAAAAUUCUUGACAGUAAACCUACCAUUGACUCCAGCAGCAAUGAGGGUAGAACACUAGAAGCCGUUUCUGGUGAUAUUGAACUUCAACAUGUCAGUUUUAAUUACCCAACUAGGCCUCAUAUUCAAAUUUUCAAAGAUUUGUGUCUAAGCAUUCCAGCUGGAAAGGUAAUCAGUUACUAUUUUCAGACUGUUGCAUUGGUUGGAGAAAGUGGCAGUGGAAAAUCAACAGUGAUCAGCCUCUUGGAGAGAUUUUACAACCCUGAUUCUGGACAUAUACUACUAGAUGGAGUGGAUAUAAAAGAGUUCAGACUAAGCUGGUUGAGGCAGCAAAUGGGUUUGGUUGGUCAAGAGCCUAUUCUUUUCAAUGAAAGCAUCCGGGCCAACAUAGCUUAUGGCAAAGAGGGAGGUGCCACAGAGGCAGAGAUAAUUGCAGCAGCUGAAGCAGCCAAUGCACAGGAGUUUAUAAGUUCUCUUCCAAAUGGUUAUGACACCAAUGUUGGAGAAAGAGGCACACAAUUGUCAGGAGGACAAAAGCAGCGCAUAGCCAUUGCAAGAGCCAUGCUGAAGGACCCCAAAAUCCUUCUGCUGGAUGAGGCAACUAGUGCACUUGAUGCCGAGUCGGAGCGUGUAGUUGAAGAGGCUCUAGAUAAAGUUAGCGUGGACAGAACAACUGUAGUGGUAGCUCACCGGCUUACAACAAUUAGAGAUGCUGACCUCAUAGCAGUAAUGAAAAAUGGGGCAGUUGCUGAAAGGGGAAGACAUAAUGCAUUGAUGAAGAUUACUGAUGGAGUAUAUGCAUCAUUGGUAGCUCUACAUAUGAGUGCAGCUUAACUCCUAAGAUUUCCAAUGAAGCACCAUUGCUUAGAAAUGGUUCUUGGACACUUUUUGUUUUUGAUGUUUUAAUUUAUUUUAUCAUUAUUUUGAGUUCUUUUACGGAUAAAAGUAGAGUUUAUGAUUAGAGAAAAAGUUGUAAUAACCCAACUGGAUCAAAGUUAGUUUGGGUUGGAUUUGACA